AUGCUUUCGGCAAAGACCUCACAUCUCCUGUACCGGUUCAGUUUGACGGUGCUGAUAUUCUUCACCGGCGGCUUUGUGAUUGUCACCCCCGCAGAUCUGAUCUCGCAGUCAUAUCGCAACAAACAGAUAUACAAUGAGUCGAUUGUGGCGGCGACGUAUGUUGCGGUCGGGAUCGUGUCGCUGGUGAUUUGCCUGCUCAGACUGUACGCGGUGCGGUUGAUGCUCGCGGAUAUUCCAAAGUAUUACGUCCCGGGCCGGCACGAGCUGCCAAAGAACUGCGCGCUCGCGAUCGAGAGCGAGCUGGCGCGAUGCCAGAUGAUCAAGAAGAAGCUCGCGCCGACCGAGAACGUGUAUCAUCCCGGCCUGCCGCCGCCGUCGCAGGCCGGCGUUGACUUUCCCCAGGUGCCGUAUUUGGAGGUGCUGAUGGAGAGCGUGAAGCUGCUGGAGGAGAAGGCGCGCGGGCUGCACCCGCAGCUGGGACGGCGGCCGUCGACGACGUUGACGGAGUACAUUGAGUUUUUGGUGGCAUAUAUAGACGUCGACAUGGAGCUUGCGCGGAAGUUCAUCGCGGGCUACGAGGCCGUGCGGUACUCUGGCGAGCAGGCGACGGAGGACGAGUUCCGGGGUCUGAUGAGGACGUUUACGUUGCUGCUGCGGAGCAUAGAGCUGCCGGACGACAAUGCUGUUGAUCUGGCGCGGAUAGACACGCGGGCGGAUGAGUUUGGGCUGUUUGCACCAACACCGGCGGCACAAGUGUGCAGAUCGCGAGCGCACAGGAAGCGUAUAAAGUACGUCACCGCCCCGGCAACUUCGUCAUCGCCGUCGUCAUCGUUCGAUCAUUGCGCUUCCUCGCUUCACACGCGUCCUCCGCGCCGCAUCAUCACCAUCUCCAAGGCCUUCUGCCUGUUCUUUGAGGUGUGUCUACGUCGCCGGUGCUCUGCCCGGGCGCCCUCUUCUUUCUCUCUCUUGCUCUGCCCGCUGACCGCUUCCGCCUUGUUGUUUUUCCCUGCAGUCGCCACUGCGCCCACCUUGACCCUCGACCUCCCCAGCUCUACGCUCCCUCCCCACCCCACCUUCGCCAAACUGGAUCUCGAACCAAACCCCUUCGAGCAGUCGUUUGCCUCGAAAGAGGGCACUCCGACCUCGGCCCAAAAGGCCCUGCUCCCGCCCGUGGCUUCCCUAGCCUCGCCUUCCUCCCUUUUGGGCACCCCAGCCUCCCAGGGCGCCGCCGGCUACUGGUCCCUCAACUCCCUUCGUUCGGGCCCGCUCUCCCCGGCAAUGCUGCAGGGCCCGCAGGCCGCAGCUUUCGUCGACUCCCAUCUGCGCUCCGGCCUCACGCCCAACGAAUCCGGCAUCCGCUCCGGCCUCACGCCUGGUGGCUCCGGCUCCAUUUUCCCUGCUCCCUCUCCCACAUCCGCUGCGAUCUUCGGGCUCACCACCCCCGCCGGCAUCGCGGCUACCUCCUUCCCGCAAACUCCGCUUCCUAUCGAGGUCUCGGUGACCUCGGAUUCUCUGCAGAAAGAGGCUAAGCCCGAGCCGCGUCCGCAGAAGCCCGAAAAUAUUGCUGCUGAUUCGGCCAGCGUGGCCGCGAACGGACUCUUCCUCCUCAGCCAGGGCCAGGCCGACGCCAACAAAUCAUCCGUCGAUGCCUCGACCACGUCCAACACCGCGAACCUCAAGGACGACAAACCGGACAAAAGACGCGGUAACAACCGGAAGAACACGCGCAAGGCUGACGACCAGCCGCAGACCAGCAACAAAAGAUUCAAGGGUGCCGACGGAGCCGUCUCGCCCUCUACAAACCACGACCACCACGACUCCAAGAAUGACGACGAGCGCAGCAACGCGGACGACAUCGAUGACAGCAAGGGAAGUCCGACCGAUUCCCACGACGACGGGAGCCAAGACUCCCGCAAAAUGACCGACGAAGAAAAGCGCAAGAACUUUCUCGAGCGCAACCGCGUCGCCGCGCUCAAGUGUCGCCAGCGCAAGAAGCAGUGGCUUCAAAGCCUGCAGGCCAAAUGCGACUUUUACGCAAACGAAAACGACAACCUGACCCAGCAGGUCUUGGCUCUCAGAGAACAGGUUGCGAAUCUCAAAGGCAUUUUGAACGCGCACAAGGACUGCUCCGUCUCCCGCUCGUUGCCGCCCGGUCAAGAUCCAAUAGCAAUCGCCCUCGGCCAGGAUUUCGUCGGCAACAUUCAGGGUCUUCCACCGCAGCAGCAGCCGCAGCAGCAACCGAUCCAGGCGCAACCACUUGCCAGUCGUCGAUAUGUCUAA